GUUUUGAAGAAUAAUAAAACAUUGCCUAAAGAAUAAGUAAAAAUAUUACGAAUUAUGUAAAAUGGCGUCAAAUGGAGAAAUAAUUCAGUAUGUGCCGUUUACGUCCUUCGUUCACCCAUCCUUUUGGCAUGCUCUUACUGAUAUGAAACUAGAAGUGGAUAGGCUGAACGAAACUACAAAACAAAUUUUCGGCCGAUUUACUUAUCGUGAUGAUAUCGGGACUGUAUUUGAAGUCGACGGAACGUCAUUCAAUAAGGAACCCACCAAUGAACAGCUUUACGAGAAUGUUACGGGAACUAUAAUGAACAAGAACACAAUUGAAGAGUUUAAGAACAUAGACAAAGCAGCCUUACUUAAUUCAAUUGGUGAAGCAAUAUGGGCUAACAUUAAGAAAAAGACAUGGAUCACAAAUCCCAGGGCUUUGUUGAAUUUUAUCAUACUUUCCUUUGCUGAUUUGAAGAAGUUCCACUAUUACUAUUGGUUUGCCUUCCCAUCACCGAGCCAGCCCACCGUCUACCUCAAAGAGACCAAAAGCAUAUCCUUAAGCUUCAGCAACAAACAGCUUGAAGAUAUCGCACAAGACUAUAAAAAAAUUGAUUCAAAUCAGAAAAACUUCUUUCUUAUUCUUAAAGAAAAUGAUAAUGCUUUUAUAAAACCUUUAGCUCAAUUAUUCAAUCCAAAUUUAGAAGUACAAAAUGAUUUAAACAUUGACUUAUCAAGUCUUUAUUUUGUGUUCGCUGAUCCGAGUAAUGGAAACAAUCCGGGAUGGCCUCUGCGAACGUUUUUAGCAGCAUUGCUUGAGCAUUGCCCGAGUCUAUGCAAGAAGGAUAUCCGGAUAAUAGGGCUGAGGUGCAGUGCUAGCGGUGCAGUUGAUAAAAGCUUGGUGUUCACUAUUUCUGUACCUGAGAAUGUGCAAGCAGUAGAGAGUGCCGGUUGGGUCGGCUGGGUGAGGAACGACCGUGGUAACUUUGGGCCCAAGCUUGCCAACAUGUCGGCUUCAAUGGACCCUAUUAAGUUAGCAGAGACAUCUUCAGACCUUAACAUAAAGCUGAUGAAGUGGCGACUCGUACCAGAUCUAGACGUGGACGUCAUGAAGCGAACCAAGUGCCUGCUGCUCGGCGCGGGCACGCUUGGCUGCCAUGUCGCGCGGGGUUUGCUGGCUUGGGGUUUCCGCUACAUCACGUUCGUGGACUACGGCAAAGUGUCGUACUCGAACCCGACGAGGCAAGUGCUGUUCACUCACGGGGAUUGCCGCGCUGGCCGAGGCAAGGCCGACGCUGCCGCCGACAAUCUGAGAAAGAUCCUGCCUUCUGUAGAAACCUGCGGCAUCGCGCUACACAUCCCAAUGCCAGGACACCCGGUAGGCGAGUCGUUGCAAGCGGAAACUGCCGCCAACAUCAAAACUCUUACCGAAGCCAUACGGGCCCAUGACGUAGUGUUCCUGCUACUCGACACCAGGGAGGCGAGAUGGCUACCUACGCUUAUUGGUGCUCAUUACGGAAAGAUAGUAUUAAACGCGGCACUCGGGUUCGACAGCUACCUAGUCAUGAGGCACGGAGCCUCCGACCCUACAUUACAGUCAGACGCUGAACAGUCACCUACCGAAAAGUCAGCCGCUGAACAGUCGCACGCUACAUACCUGCCGGGCGCUCAGCUGGGCUGCUACUUCUGCAAUGACGUCACCGCUCCGGGCAAUUCGCUGAAGGACCGCACGCUGGACCAGCAGUGCACGGUGACGCGGCCCGGCGCCGCCGCCGUGGCCGGCGCGCUCGCCGUGGAACUCCUCGCCGCGCUCACGCAGCACCCGCUCAGGGAACACGCUCCAGCCCUAUACAACCUCACCGACGAGUCCGACAUCCCACCGCACCUGCAAGGCGUGCUCGGUCCCAUCCCGCACUCUAUCCGCGGGUUCCUACACUCGUACCGCACCGUCGCACCCACCUGCGCUAAGUUCAACCACUGCAUAGCGUGUUCGGACUUAGUACUCGAGAAAUAUAGAACGGAGGGCGAGGAUUUUGUGUUUAAAGUGCUGAAUAGUGGCAGUUAUUUGGAGGAGGUUACUGGAUUAGCGGAGUUGCAGUUGACGGCUGAAAUGACUGAUAUACUCACAUUCUCGGAUGAAGAUGAAGAAUGAACCGCUUAACAGGCACUAUAUUUUAAGCAUUUAUGAUUGUGAUUAAAAAUGAAUAAAAUUAUUCCCUUUAUUCAAUUUUAUAAUACUUAUAGCAGCUUUGUCAAGCUUUAAAAUGUACUUAUUAUACUCGUAUUUGCUAUAAUGCAACGUCUAAUCAGUUGCUGGUUGCUGUACAUUUCUAUUAAAAAAUAUUUCAAAUAAAUGUUACAAAAUCUUA